AUGAGUUUCAUGCCCGUCAACCCGCGGCCGAUGCUGCAAGACCUUGUCAACAAGGACGUCUUCGUGCGCUUGAAGUGGGGCGAGACCGAGUACAAGGGCAGGCUGGUCAGCAUCGACAGCUAUAUGAACGUGCAGCUAAGCAACGCCGAGGAGUACAUCAACCACAACUUCACGGGCUCGCUGGGCCAGGUUCUCAUCCGAUGUAACAACGUGUUAUGGAUCAGGGGCGCUGAUCAGGGCGAGAAUGGUGACACGAAGAUGCAGGGAUGA